AUGCGCAUAGAAGCCUCAACGAAACUUUUAGUCGCCGGCGUUGCGGCGGCGAUGGCUUUGGAGACCGAAGCUGCUGGGCUCGUCGAGAGGAGCCAAACACGGUUUACGCAGUUUCCCGACAAGGUCCUGAAACGAUGUGACGAGUGUUGUCCCAUUACUAUCCGGACCAUCAUGACUACUAUUCUGAGCACCUUGUACACCACGAUAUAUCAAGACAGGACGACAUAUGUCACCGCGGUAGAGCACGACAUCUCGACCCAGAUCGAGUACACUACCAAGUACAUCACGACUACUGCGACUCAAGCUUACACGAUGUCAUUCCCCGUGACUGUGACCAAGACCAUUGGUUGUACGAAUCAACCGAUCCGGCGUGGCCAUGAUUCGGAUGCGAAAAACAAGGAGCCGGCUCUCAUUCUGAAAGAGCGUACAGAUGGCUGUCGAACUAUCACGGUGACGGAAUGGGCAACGACGACGGCCACCGAGUUCGUGACUGAAAUCCAGUCCAUCGUCGCAACUCGAACCCUGCCCGUCACCAUAUCUCUGUUGUCGACAGUGUAUGACUAUACGACAGCGUGGGUGUCCACGACGCAUGUCUUCACCACAACGGUUGUCAGUGAGCGUCCUGUCACCAUCACCAAAGACAACACAAUCUACGCAACAACAUCGACCACCAUCUACACUACCUUGGUAACAACAGUGACGACCAGCUACCCCGUCGUCUCUUCCGUCCCCAGGACUGCCACGCAAACGGUAACAGCUUCUGAUGCAGAAUCUGUGACAGUCUCCAAGCCCGCCGACCAAACCGUGACAGUCUCUGCGCAGCCAAGCGGGAUCACUCUUCCGGGACUGACACCAACUUUGCCUGGAUCAACCGUCCUGACAACUGUCACAAAGACACUCCCUCCCUCCGCCAUCACGGUAACACAGGAGCGGGAAACAACGACCGUCACCCAGCCUGCGUCCACCGUGACCGAGGUCAGGACCGAGAUCAGGACCGAGACACUACCGCCGUCCAUUGAGUCAUUACCAGCCAGCACUGUAACCAUGACGCCAAUCCUCCAUGUUAGCCUCUGUCCGGCUCCUACCGGAGCUGCAGCGCCACUACAGCCAGACUCGGACCUCACGUUCGGCUGCAAGCCGGGCUACGUGUGCGAUCCUCCCAAGCCGUACGGCUGUAACCUGUGGCCAGAUCCACCCGCCGACAACUUUCUCUGCAACCCUCGCCACUGCGUUCCCUCUCCGUCGUUUACCAAGGUCACAUGGGAUCAGUGCGAGACCAGCUACUAUCCCCCGUCAAACGGGUACUUCAACCUCAACCCCGAGGCAUUCGGCCUCUCCUACGACAUCUUCCAAUACAACAUCUAUCAGCAGGUCGUCGAUGGGCGCACCGCAACCGUGACGACGGGAAACUGGGACUCGCAAGCGUCGCUGACCCAGUGGCCGAGGCAAACAACCCAGCCGCCGCUGGCCAUGCGCAGGCGAACAGCACCGGAAAAGGACGAGAGGAAAGGCUGCCGUUCCUACAAGAGAGGCAUAACCCCUUCGAUAUGCUUCGACGACUGCAACAACGCCUAUAUAAUUGCCCUAGCGAUCGGGAAAACCGACAAGCUGUGCGAGGAGCAUUCCUCCUUCCAAGAUAGCUACAGCAGCUGCGCGCAAUGCGUUCUCGCCAACGCAAACAACGCGUCGCGCGCAAUCAUGGACUAUGUGAGACCCGAGUUUGCUCAGUUCCUCAACUUCUGCAACGGCAAGAGCCCAAUCAGUCCAUCUUCCGCCGCCUUUGAAGCGCCGCAGCCCAUCGUCACGCAGCUACCAGCGUUUAAGACGAGAACCCAAGCAGACACCCGUGGUCCUGGGUUCACUGCCGUGAGCUCCAGACUAAGGGCAAGCCCAAGCCAGGUCUCCUAUUCAAAUCCUGCCUCCUCCUUCUCCACCGCCGCGGUGUCGUCCGCGCGCCUCCCAACUUCUCCCCGCCAACAAAGCACGGCUCCCGCAACCCAUCCCGGCAAGGUGGCCGCAUUAUCCUCCUCUGCUGCCGUUACCAGCAACGCCAUCACAACCGAAGCAUCCGCGGAUCCCGUGACCUUUGAGGCAGGUACCAGCGCAGAUGCAAGUACAACCACGACGAGCCCGGUCACGUCAAGCUCCCGAAACAUGGAUGCCGGCUCGUCCCAAACCCCGGCACGCACUCCUAUCCAAGCGACUCCCGCGACAGGUGUUACUGAGAGCAGGCGACCUGGCACUGCGGCGACGUACCCCUCGGUCAAUGUUACCAGCCAGUCUUUGGUUUCAGCCGUUCCAACCGCCAGCGCAUGCCGAAUCUCUGGGCACCACUUAGUUUCGUUUGCAUUCGUCACGGCGUUGAGCUCGCUUAUGUUUUGA